UUUUUUUUUUUUUUUUUUUCAUGAGACCACAGCCAUUUCUAGCUCUCCUUCGAACCCCUCUGUCUAGAGCUCCAGUGCUGUCACCAAAGCUUUCCUAUUACACUCCGUUUAGAGGAAAUCGAUAUUCCCGCUCCGCCGCAGAUAUGUCGAAAUAUAGCAAGGCCUGCUGCUCAAUCCCUCCCAUUGUCUCGAAAGGCUACGAGGAGAAGGGAAAGUAUAUUACCAUAAAUGGCAUGAAAACAUACGUCACUGGCCCUGAAAAUGCUACAGAAGCCAUCCUCGUUAUUUUCGACAUCUUCGGCUUCUUCUCACAGACUCUUCAGGGUGCCGAUAUAAUGGCCACCUCUGACCCGAACCGCAAGUACCGCGUCUUCAUGCCUGAUCUCUUCGAUGGCAGCCCAGCCGACAUUUCUUGGUACCCUCCCGCAACCGAAGAACACAAGAAGAACCUGCAUGACUUUUUCCAAACCAAGGCUGCCCCGCCAGGAAUACUCUCACGAAUCCCUGGCGUGGUCGAAGAAGCCAACAAGCUCGCCGACGGAGGAAAAUUCAAAGCCUGGGCUAUCCUUGGCUACUGCUGGGGCGGGAAGAUCGCCACUCUGGCUUCGAUGGAGAACACCCUUUUCAAAGCCGCCGUUCAGUGCCAUCCCGCCAUGCUUGAUCCAAAUGAUGCGCCCAAGGUCACUAUCCCAAUGGUAUUGUUGGCUUCCAUGGACGAGGACGUCGACGAGGUCAAGGCCUUCAAGCAUAACCUCAAGGUCCCCAACCAUAUCGAGACGUGGAGCACACAGAUCCACGGCUGGAUGGCGGCCAGAGGAGAUUUGGACAAUCCAGAAGUUCGAAAGGAGUAUGAAAAUGGAUAUAAGACAGUGCUGGGCUUCCUCAACGAGCAUAUGUAGGUUUCCUGGCUUUUAAAACAAAUACUCGGUUGACGGACGAGAGUUUUAUUACUUCCAUCUCCAGAAGAUGAAGAAAAAUUAAUAUCCCGUCUCCAAUUUCUUUUUGUCAAAUGAACAAAGAGGGAAAAAAAAAAAUAAUUAAAAAAAAAAAAAAAAAAAAAAAAAAAGAAUGAGGGAAGAAGACACAAUUUAAUGGGAAAAAAGGUUAUUGAAGGGGGAUAAAACCGCUAAUUCAACCGACAAAUAUGUCAACUCGACGUCUAAAAUCUAAAACUGUCCAAAUAUCAAUUUCAAUAAUCAGCCAUCAAACCCAAAACAAACCCGCUCCCGUUCGAAUUUUUUACCCUGUUACGAUAUCGAAAUUUACAUCCGAAGGCAUAAAAGAAAGGAACGGCAAAAGAGGAGGGGAACGGGGAACAUCGGGAAAAAAAAAUGAAAAGGAAGGGAGGGUGCUGCCGAUGUCCUGGGCAUGGCUUCAUCGUUUGCAAAUUUCUUGUCGAUUUCCACUCCGGCCUUCCCCUAGCUUCUUGUCUGUCCUUGAUUGAUUUUUUGCUUGCUUCGUAUCUUCUUUUAUUCCCUAAUUUGAAAGCGGAUUGUGCUCCCCAGGUUUGCUUUCCUUCAUUCCGUCAUUUGAAGUGUGUCCCGAUGCUGAAUAGAAUGGCUAUAAUUAGCGAAUGUAAUUCACGUUGAAAUGCAAUGAAGGUAAUUGCCACAGCUUCGACUUUUGAAACAUAGAUUUUUUAUAUUGUUUCACUCGCCUUUCGGGACGGGGAUGGGAUUAGUAUGAACAUUGAAUCAGAAUGGAUGAGCUCAAUUUGAACUUGCCGAGUUACAGAAGGGUAGAGGAGAUAUAACUAACUAUUUUAAUGUUUCACUGCUGGGUUGGUUUUUGUAGAAAGGAUAUCCAGUUAAAGCUGUAAUGCAAUUUGAGUUCGAAGACCUGGUGGAUAAAUGUCUGGGUUACUGCGCGUAGGCCCAACGAAUCAACCCCAUUUUUCCAAAAAUGAAGAAGAGAAUAAAUAAAAUCGACUAAAUAAGAUCGAAUAGAACAAAUGGCAUCAAUCAGAUAACUGUAAAUCAAUGUCGUCGUAAGCCUUUCCACAAGGAUUCCGCAGUGGCCCAACGUCGGUCUUGGGCCUUCGUUCCAACCGCCUGCUAAUGUCCAAACAACCGUCUUUCAGGCUGCGGAUGUAAGAGGAAAGGACAUUUGGGUAGAACUUCGGGCGAUAAGUCGAACAUCUACCAAUCAACUAGUCAAGCAAAUUCAACAAGGACAAUCAAAGCAUUUCUCUCCGC